CUGAUAGAGAGCAUCUAUGUAGCCUUUCUUUGCACACAUCAACCCUAAUAAGCCAUCACAAACUAUGACAAGGACUUCUUUAACAUAUUGCAUCCGGUUUAAAUGCACAUUGCAGAAGAUUUAGAAAAAUUGAGGGCAUUUGCAUAAACGGACGGUCUGCACAGUUCCACUGACAUGGAUCUGCCACGCAUCAGAGGUUCAUCUGAUGUACCGUGAGAAUCGGCGUUGGCCUGCAGCCUCACUGCCGCCCAGCGAGGCCCAGCGACAUGGACCCUGCUCAUUCCUUUAGGAUGGAGCUGGAUGGGCUGGACCCCCAGCAGGUGCCGGUGCUGUCGCUUGAUCAAAUCCGUGCUAUCCGGGCCCACAAUGACUACGUGGAUAGGCCCGUGGCGCUGGAACUUGCUUCCCAAUCUGGAUUUUUCUACGCCCACGAUGAGCGUCACCCGCACGGAAUAUAUUCCCAGCAUCCUCAGCAGCCCCGCCACUCGGUCAUGCCCCGCAGCCAAAGUCAGCAGCAGCAUGCUCACAUGUCCCACUUAAGCCGUUCCAGUACUAUAAGCUCCUCCAUGUCUCGGACCAGCGCCGGCUCAGACCAGAGGCUGCUGGCAGGGUUGACGCAGUCGCACUCCGGCUUGGCCUCGGUGGUUCGCUCUCAACCGAAAAGAGAACUCAAGUCCGACACUUCUCUGAGCAAAAUCCUGGCAGAGGAUGAGCUGGGCAGGCACCAGUUUAUCUGCGAGCGGUGUGCUCGUUGUAAGUGCAAAGAGUGCUGCGCCCCACGCCGCCUACCCUCCUGCUGGGCCUGCGGAAAACGCUGCCUUUGCUCAGCCGAGAGCGCCGUGGAGUAUGGCACCUGCCUAUGCUGCGUCAAAGGCCUCUUCUACCACUGCUCGGCCCAGGACGACGAAGACAAUUGCGCCGACCGUCCGUGCUCCUGUGCCCCGGCCCAUGCCUACGCCCGCUGGGGCGCCAUGGGGCUUCUGGCGCUGUGCCUGCCCUGCCUCUGCUGCUACCCCCCUGCCAGGCUGUGCCUUGCCCUGUGCCGAUGUGCCCAUGACAGGGCUACACGUCCCGGCUGCAGGUGCAGCAACACCAACACUGUGUGCCGCAAAAUCUCCGCCGUCUCCAAUCCCAACUCGGGUCAUCCCUCCAUCAGCAGCGGCAAGGCUGUGGAGAAGUCACUAUGACAGGCUUGGAAUCCCCGUAGAAAAAAGAAGCCGACUAACUCGUGCUUACCGAUCUUGUAUGACUCCAGCUCAGGAGGGACCAAAGCUUUUACUGUGCCUGUUCGCCUUGGAAACUACAAGCUCAACCUGAAGAAGAAGCUGACCGAACUCUCCUUCCAUCUUCUGCCUAAUCCGGAUGUCUAAUAUGUAUGUAUUUAUUACCAACCCUGCGACCGACCCUUUGCAAUCAAUAAACAGACGGUGGACUGAAUCGCAGCAGACUUAAGAGGAUGUAGAAGCUUUCCGCUAAGGGAUACCGGCGAAGAAACUGUGGACAUUCGCAGCACAUCUGACACCAAAAAGGGACCACACACUGUCAAAUGAAUCUCAAUGCCAUAAGCUCAUUUGUAAAGGAAAAAGCACUAAGAGGUAGAUAGACGGUACUGUGCAGAAGUUGUAGGCCACCAAGGGAAAUCAUGGACUUCCUGAUUCAUUGGGUAUGACAAUCGGACGGGUGUGCCAUUAAGAUUCUGCGGGGGGGUUGACGACUCCAGGGACGUCAAGUUGCACCUUUCUUCCUUGGCACAUGCAGCACACCCUCUGCAAAGUUUCAUUGAAAUAAUUUGUGUUUUUCCCUCCGGUAGUGGUGGUCCAAGACCUUUUGCGCAGUACCGUCGCACUGUUUUCUGCUGAACGGCGGAUUAUCCAACCGCAGAUUGGAGCGCGUCCAUCCACGGAGUGUGUGUUUGUGUGUGUGCGUGCGUGUGUUAGUCGGCACAAAGACGAAGGAGCCUCCUGUGGUCUUAUUUUUAGUCUUGCUGCUACAUCUUAGCGCUAGCCUGAUCAGGUUUCCACUUGGAAAUCACGCCAACCGCCCUCAUAAGACCGCCGCCCAGUCCCCCGUAACUCCCACAUCUUUACUCAAUCCAUUCGUAGGGUUUAUCCUAUAAUAAUUUAGAACCCCCAAACGAAAACAUGCCAAGGUGCAUUAUUCCGCCCAUCCCUCCUGACUCUUGCGCCAGGAGGGCUAAAAGCCUCUGUUUCCCGGGUCCAUCGAGAGUUGAUUAAACCCGCAAUUAGCCUCAUGAUCGCUCUUAAUGGGCCGGACGAGAACGGGCUGGAGGAGGAAGGAGUUGCGGUGUUUUGGGCGCACGGAGAGAGGAAGAAGAAGGGAUGAUGGAAGAAAGGGACCAGGCUCGGAUUUCUUAGCCGGAUAUGAGGGCAUCAGAUGAGUGCAUGUACAGUGUGUGUGCGGGUGCAUGUUUUUAAGUGAAUGUGUGUGUUUUCGGAUGCAUGAAAAACACCCGGCGAAACUGAUAUGUUAAAUGUUCCUUUGCUAUAUUUUUAUAUGUAAAUAGGAGCUAACUGCGGCGAUAAAACUAUUUUUUAUUAUGCUUCAUUACACGACAACAGUGUUAGAACGUGCACUUAUUUCAGUCCUCACGUGAUCAAUGCAGGGACUUUUAGGCAACGUUGAAGUCCGUAGAACAGCUGGCGAUACACCCGGCAACCGCUGAGCAGUUUUGACGUUAGAAGUGGGAAAAUCAAGUUUGCGGGAUGACUAAAUGUUGCUCCAAAUGUCUCCGACUUUGAUUGACAUUCAUUUUUGGAUCCACCAUUGAUUCUUUAGCGUUACCGAACACCAUCCAUGGAAAACAUCAACGAAAUAUAUGCAGUUCCAUUGUGAUGCAUUGAGUCCGAAACUGUACGAAGACGUAUUAUGCUAAGAUCCACCUUUGAAUCAUCUACAAAAAUGGCCGACAAGCUGUGACAAAAUGUAAAAAAAAACAUUGGAUAUUUAGGAAUAAUUUUUACGUGUGUCUGGGGGUAUUGUUUCAGUGACACAUUCAACAUUAAAAAUGCGAGAGAAUAUUAGGGCCAUUGUAAAAAGCAAUGAUUCUCAAACUGUCAAACUGUGAUAAGCAGGCUCCAUUGAGUGGUACGCCAAAUAAUCAUUUGAUUAAAGUACAGUAUUUUAUCGUCUUAAGUUCAAACAGUGUUACUGUUCAAACUGUGUGUAAUGUUACUGGGGCCAAAUAUAUUAAAAAUAUUUGUUAAAUAAAACAGCUGCCUUGUUUUUAAUGAAUACUAAGGCCUACUACGCUACUGUAUUUUAAUGUUGGUCAUUAUGGUGGUACUUGGAGAUCCAAGGGUUUUUUUUCUUGGGGAAAAAAGUUUGAGAACCAUUGGUGUAAAUAAAGUAUCAAUUGUUACAAGAAAAAAAAAGUGCUCUCAAGACAAGAAAGUCCCGAGAAAAAGUUGUAAUAUUAUGAACAAAUUCAAUGUGAAUCAAGAUGUAGGAUUUUUUUUUUUUUAAAAGUCGUAAUGUUACAAGAAUAAUGGUGUAAAGUGUGUGUAUAUUACAUUCAAAACGUCACACAGUAACAAGAUUAAAGUCGAAAUGUUACUCGAAGUUAUAAUAUUAUGAAAAUACAUUUGCGAGAAUUAAAUCAUCGUGUUACGGGAAUAAAAUUGUAACGUUACGAAAAUAAAGUUUGAGGAAAAAAGACCUAAAUGUUUAAACUAUUCCUUGAAACUUCAAUUCUUUCUCGUUGUAAUGCAAGUACGUUGAUUGUCAUAAUAGUACGAUUUUAUUCUUAUAAAAUUGUUUGUAAUAUUUAAACUUGAAUAUAUUUUGACUCCUUGUCGAUUUAACAUUUUUUUUUACCUUGUAAUAAAAUUAAAGUACCAAUGAUUGUCACACACACACUAAGUGUGGUGAAAUUUGUCCUCUGCAUUUGACCCAUCCCCUUGUUCACCCCCUGGGAGGUGAGGGGAGCAGUGGGCAGCAGCGGUGCCGCGCCUGGGAAUCAUUUUUGGUGAUUUAACCCCCAAUUCCAACCCUUGAUGCUGAGUACCAAGCAGGGAGGUAAUGGGUCCCAUUUUUAUAGUCUUUGGUAUGACUCGGCCGGGGUUUGAACUCACAACCUACCGAUCUCAGGGCGGACACUCUAACCACUAGGCCACUGAUUAGGUAAUGAUUUUUCUUGUGAUAUUUUCACUCCAUUUUUACUAUCAUUUUCAUCAAUAUUUUCUAUUUUCAGCGCAGCCUUAACGUCUUUGUAAAAAAAACAAAAAAAACAAUGUAAGAUUCAUUGUUUUUCCGGUAAUUUCACUAACUUUGUGACGCAAAUCCUACUAAACACUACAAGAACACAUGAUCCUGAAAUGACUAAUCUUUUUUUCAAUUCGUGUUAAGCAAACAUCGAAGCAGAAAUCCCUCACAGCUGAUGCAUCAAUUGUAAAUAGGUGCAUCAAGUCGGCCAUUUUUAACCAUCAUGCCUAAAAAGAUCUCGGUGCUUGUUCUUCUUUUGGUUUCCAUUAACACAUAAAGUAUUUGUCCAAAAUGAUGUGGAUUCAGGUACUUUUUUUUUAAAUUUUUCACGCUGCUAGAGAAAAUGUAGCAUGCUUGUGAACAUUUGACUGAAAGACGCGUGAGGUUUUUAAUACUUUUUUUAGUUGCGAACUUUUCAGGCUGCGGCUAACUGUAAUUAUUCCAUCAUUUGUACGAGACUUCCUUCCUUCCGGUGACAAAAAACAAACAAAAAAACAACGUUAACAGGCUGCCGCCAUAACCACUAAACUUGUCCUCUUGUGUCUUUGCAACCAAGCAUCGCUUUUGGUACAAAAAAAAAGAAAAAAAGGCGCCUCUUGUAUGUUGUAAAGGAAAUUAAAGGAGAGUAUAUGGAACAAAUAUUAUAUAGAAGUCUAUCUAAAAGUGAAUAUAUUAUUAUACAUGAACAAUACGCACAUUUUCUUUUCUGUUUAGUUGCCGAUGUCGUGUCUUUUUGUUUGGAUAUUUAUUUACAGGUCAAUCACCAUAGAUGGCGCUGAAGAGGACGAGAUUAAUAAUGAGAUUAAGAGCGUGGUUUGGAUUUUUAUUUUUUUCAACUUUUGUUGUUGUGGUUUUUCUUGCUGUUGGUGUGGCCGCUGCCGCCCUCCAGGCUGAAGAUGAUCCAAUAAAAGGAGCUUUCAGAAACAGA